AUGGGCAAGGAAUUCCAGCUCAAGCUCGCGCCCACCGAGCGUCCCUGGACCUACACGCCGUCCACCAGUGCCCGAUACGGCCUCGACAAGGUCGCGCGCCUGCCCGUAUUCCUCGUGCUCGGCAGCGUCCUCCAAGCCGGCCUCUCGCUCGCGCUGCCCGCGCGCUGGGCCGUCGUGCCGCUCCUCAGCUACCUCGCCGUCACCCUCGCGUCGGUGCUCCUCGACCGGGCCACGAGCCUCACGCACCCGUUCCCUCUCAACGUGGUCCCCGGCCGAGCCGCCGCACAGCUGCCGCUCCCCUCGGGGGCCUUUGGCGACGCGGCGGCUGCGGACGCGGUCGUCGUGUUCCACAUUGGCGCGCAGUUCAACCACGCGCUGGGGCCGCUGUGCCCCGGCGGGCGCGCCACGGGCGACCGCUUCGGCGCGCUCGUGGCGGACCUGCGGCGGCGCCGCGCCGAGCUCGGCGUGCUGGCCGUCAGCGACUGGCAGGGCGUCGUCGACGGCUCCGUCACCACCAACACCGUCAUCUACUUCCGCGACCUGGCCAGCCUGCACGCGUUUGCGCACGAGCCCAUGCACCGCGAGGCCUGGGACUGGUUCGCCGCCCAAAAGUUCCCCCACCUCGGCGUCUACCACGAGACCUUUUUGGUCCCCCGCAACAGCUACGAGUGCGUCUACUUGAACUGCAAGCCGCUCCUCAUGGGCGCCGCUGCGAGCCUCGCGACGGACGACAAGACGGGCGCCCAGAGAUGGGUCAAUGCCCUGGUGAGCGCCGACGUGCCGGCGCUCAAGACGCAGUAUGCGAGGAUGGGCCGCGAUCGGAAUGGCGUCGUGGUUGAGUAG